AUGUUCCCGCCCAAGCCGACAUGGGGCGUGGACGACAUCCCGGACUUGUCCGGAAAGGUCAUGCUCGUCACCGGCGGGAAUACAGGUAUCGGAAAAGACACAGUGAAGGCCCUUUUAAACCAUAACGCGAAGGUAUAUAUCGGGGGACGCGAUCCCAAGAGAGUCGCGGGAGCCAUCGAGGACCUACGGAAGGAGACUGGGAAGGAGGCGUUGUUCCUACAGCUGGACCUCGCGGACCUGAAGUCGAUUAAGCGUGCCGUCUCAGAAUUUGCCGGCAAGGAAAGUCGGCUCGAUGUCCUGUUCAACAGCGGCGGAGUCAUGAUUCCGCCGAUCGAGCAGACCACGAAGGACGGAUUCGAUCUGCAGUUCGGCACCAACGUGAUUGGCCACUUCUAUCUCACGCAGCAGCUGCUACCGCUCCUCAUCGCGUCGGCAAAGACCUCUCCGGACGGGAAGGCGCGCGUGGUAAAUACUUCGUCCAUGGGACACAGCCUCGUGUCCGGCCUCGACUUCGACACCUUCCGGGAUAGCCCGAAGCGCGUCAAGAUGGGUACGAUGACACUGUACUCGCAGAGCAAAUUUGGCAAUAUAGUGUUUUCUAAUGAGUUGCACCGGCGGUACGCCGACCAGGGCAUCGUCUCCGUCUCGCUCCAUCCAGGUAACCUGAACACCGAGCUGGCGCGCCAUGGGUCGAAGCUGGUGCAGUGCCUCUUCAAACCUUUCCUGUAUCCGGCGCCGAUGGGUGCGCUCACGCAGCUGUAUGCGGGCACCACGCCGCAGGGCGCGAAACUAGGCGGUCAGUAUCUUAUUCCUUGGGCGCGGGAGGGGCGCGCCAGAAAGGAGACGGAUGACCCAGAGCUCGGCCGCAAGCUGUGGGCUUGGAUGGAAGAAGCGGUGAAGGAUGUAUGAUACUGUGUAUGAGGAUGUAGCUGCUGUCCAGUGUAAGGCGAACGCUGCCAUCCCAUAUCUUCGCCACUCCGAACGACUAUACCCCGCCACUGAC